GCCACAAUGCUGCGUUCGGCUACCAUGGUCAGUGAUCCGCCUCGGAAGUGCCUGAGCUGUGGUUGCAUUGUCUGUAAACAUAUGUAGUGUUGACACGUAUUAUCACUUUUCUCAGUAGUCCACCACGCGUACACUCGCAAUGAGUCUCGUGGUUGUGAAAUGCUAGACCACGGCCGGCGUCACCGGCGUUAACAGUGGUCGUGUAUUUUUAGCUUGGCUUCACUUUUAUGUCAGUGGUUUUCCUAGAACUGUGAUCAUCGCUAUGGAGUCGAAUGGGAAUCUGCCAAGCUCCGCUAGUUCAGAUAGUGAAAGCGGUGACGAAGCAGUCCCAGCUGUUGUAUUUUCCGACGAGCCUUCCCUACCAACUUCACCGCGCAAGGUCCGAAGGGAGCGCACGUGGUCGAGCUCCACUUCGAAAGCGGAGCCCCUGCUGCGCACCCGUCAGAGGACUAUAUAUACGGCUGGACGUCCCCCCUGGUACGAUGCCCAGGGCCAAGCAGUGGAACCCUUCGUCAUAGGAAUCUGUGGAGGCAGCGCGUCGGGGAAGACGACGGUGGCACGGAAGAUCAUCGAGGCACUUAACAUUCCCUGGGUGACUCUGCUCAGCAUGGACUCGUUUUAUAAGGUUUUGGACGAGGAGAAACAUCGAUUGGCCCACCAGAACAACUAUAACUUUGACCACCCGGAUGCAUUUGAUUUUGACCUUCUCAUCGAGACGCUACAAAAGCUUAAGGAUGGGAAACGUGUGGAAGUUCCAAUAUACAACUUUGUCAGCCAUUCUCGAGAGAAGCGCACAAAGUUCAUGUAUGGGGCCAAUGUCAUCAUCUUUGAAGGCAUCCUGUGCUUUUCGAACAGCAAGUUGUUACAGAUGAUGGACAUGAAAGUUUUUAUCGAUACGGACAGCGACGUCCGCCUGGCUAGGCGUCUCAAGAGGGACAUCACGGAAAGGGGCCGUGACCUGGAAGGCUGCCUGCAGCAGUACGAACGCUUUGUGAAACCUGCCUUUGACCACUACAUCGCCCCCACCAUGGUUCACGCUGACCUCAUUGUUCCUCGAGGGGGCGAGAAUGAGAUCGCUAUCAACCUGAUCGUGCAGCAUAUACAGACGCAGCUGCUUUCAAGGGGUCUGAAAUUUCGCUCCAAGCUGGUGGAAUCUCAUACUGGUCAGCCUCUCCCCUCGUCCCUCGGACUCCUGCCUCAAACCCCACAGGUGCUGGGCAUUCACACGUUUCUCCGCAACCGUGAAACUCAAAGGGACGAGUUCAUUUUCUACUCCAAACGCCUGAUGAGGCUUCUUAUGGAGCAUACGCUUUCCCUGCUUCCAUUUCAAAAGGUUAUUGUGGACACUCCUCAGGGCAUUCCAUAUGAGGGGACAAGCUCGAAUGCGAGCCGCGUUUGCGGCGUGUCAAUUCUGAGGGCUGGCGAGACCAUGGAACAAGCUCUGUGUGAUGUGCUCAAGGAUGUACGUUUAGGCAAAAUUCUCAUCCAGACAAACCAGGACACAGGCGAGCCUGAACUCUACUACCUGAGGCUCCCAAAAGACAUCAGGGAUUACUAUAUCCUCCUGCUGGAUGCAACUGUGGCAACUGGAGCAGCAUCAAUGAUGGCAGUGCGCGUGUUGCUGGACCACGAUGUUCCCGAGGAGAACAUCACACUCUGUUCCCUUCUCAUGGCAGAAUCCGGCGUGCAUUCCAUCGCGUACGCUUUUCCCAAGGUCCGCAUUGUCACCACAGCAGUGGACCCAGUCGUUAACGACAAGUUCUACAUCAAGCCUGGCAUUGGGAACUUUGGUGACAGAUACUUUGGGACAGAGGCCCUAGAGUACCUGUGACUUCCGCAGGUGACUUGCUGACAGGGUACCUGACCUGUUGAAGAACUGGUCACUGUUUGAGGACCACAACUUGCGGCCAAGUUUUUGCCAUUUUCUUUUUGUAAACAAAGUGACCGUUUCUAUCCAAAGACAAAGUGAUUGCAUAAGAGCAGCUCUGUUGCUACUCCUAGUCCGUACAGCUACGGUGUUUCUAUGCAGUCAAGCUUAGGGAGGUAAUGACCAACUGCUCGUUCGUUGCGGCAGGAACUCAUUCAAGGAGUGCUUAACGGAUCAGCAAUUUCGUAGCCAUAGAGGGACAUGAAAUUCAGCAACAUGCUUUUGAUCUCAUCACAUGGAAUACAGCGUACCACUUGUACCACACUUGCAUGUUUGGUACAUUGAAUGGAAUACAUCGCAGUGCAUAUUGCGAUUAGUCUGUCACACUGUUUUGUUCCCCAACUGCCUUUAGUCCGUUGCUGACCUCCAAAAAAUGGUAGGUAAUUAUUAUAACUACUGUAUUUACUUGCAUAAUUAAUGCACCUUUAUAACUAAAAAAAAACGUAGCACCGUUGAACGGGUAUUAAUUACGUGAUGAAGCCUGUGCUUGCUUUGUGCUAUGCUGGCCAUCGCUUUGCUUGUGGUACCAAGUCGGGGGUACCAAGUUGGGGUGUGGGAAAGUACCCACACUUGAGCACCCUGGUUGAGCGAGCAUCGAUUGAACCUCUGCAUGCAAUAAAGGGUCAGCUUGUCCCCUUUGGAGUAUUUGUGCUGCAGCGAUAUUAUGAUAUUGCUGACUAAUGACAUUAAUGACUUGCUAUAGAAAGUUCAUGAUUGCCUUGCAAUUUAUUGACCCACUACAGGAGAGUAAGAAACAAGAAAUGCAUGUAUCGUCAAUGGAAUGGACCAUUAUGUAGUGAAAUCCCGUCAAUUCGAAAUCUCGUACUUUGAACUAUUCGAUUUUCUGGAUAAUUCGAAUUGAUACUCGUGUCCUGUCAAAGUCUUGUAUUUCCCUGAAACACCCCCUGUAAUAAUUUCUGCUUAAUUGCACAUCCUAAAAUGACUUUAACGCAUGCGUAUUCAGUAGAUACGUACACGUUUGCUGUACAUUUUUCGUUGCCAUUAUGCAAGGAAUAACAGUUGCAAUAACUUUACCAGGCGUUCCUUUGGGGGUUUUAUUGGUACAGGAUUUUUUACUUGACCCGCUUAUUGCACAUAGGGGUUGAAUUAUGCAAGUAAGUACGGCUUCUGUGCCUGAAGUGAUAGUAUCGAACUGUUCUACUGCUGGCAUUUGACUGACAUCCUUGACGAGGCGUAUGUGUGAAUCUCAGUUUAACGUUCGUGGAUACGUCAAUCACGUUAUGACACAGCUCAACUUUCAACUCAAAGACAAAUCCUGCAAUUCAUUUUACCUCUACACAAUGCAAUCAAGUUUUUUUGUUCCUACUUGUCAUGCGACACUGCCAUGGUUGCAAGACACUGAGCAUUUUUUAUAUCUCGUGCUACAGUUAUUGUUCAGUCGAAAAGUGGAGAAUCCAGCGAUUUGGUGAAGGCCGACUAGAGGAAAAGCCUCGGGGUCGGGGGCAGCGUUUGUUUAGGCCUGGUGAAAGAUGCACGAAAAAAUUCUAUUGUUCUAAGUCCCAUUGUGAAGGUGAUAGUCAUGUGCAAUGCACACUGACCAACAUUGACUAAGUCCCGCAGUAUAGCAACACAUAAACAUGGUAUGCAAAGCAUAGUCCCCCUCAAAGGGUAACUGCAGCAGCAUCCUUGGUAGAGCUUGAGUGAAGUCCUAAUUGGCUUUUCAGCCUUCGAGAUAGAUAAUGUGGUGCUGUGGCUUUUCUCUCACUUUGGUUCCUACCUUAGUGUUGUGCGCGGAGUUAGCAUUGUUUUGGAUGCAUACGUGUAUGCAUACGUUGUAUUAAACAACCAAGGUACAGCUCUUGAAAUUUUGUUCUCUCAUCAAGUUACAGUACUUAUUUACGUGAUACAUUUUUGGCAAAGUUGGACCACUUCCUGAAAAGCUUCCAGUGCAUGGGGCACUGGUCCAUUGCACCUCUGGAGAGAGGCUGGUAUUGCCACUGGUUCACGUGGUGACUACAGUUUACUCCGCAAGAAAAAUGGUGACUCUGUGGUGAAUCUUGAUGAAUAUGAUUAUUCAGAAUCUUUAUACAGACUUUACAGUGUAUUUUGAGAUACUGAUGUAGGCAUUCUUCAGAAAAGCACCUCGGUGCAUGGUUAUAAUAAAAUGGUUAUGAAAGCUCA